AUGUCGCAGCUCCUCAGCUGGUAUCUGCUGUGGCUUGUGCUUCUGCUGGUUCGGUUCUCGCGGGAGCUGAGCGCAGACCUCGGCAGGGCCAGGAAGCUGUGCGGCAGACACCUGCUGCAAGAAAUAGUCAAGCUCUGUGGCGACACUGAUUGGAGCCAUUUCGAGUUUCCUGAGACUCCGCCCUCGAAAGGGCGGAUUCCCCAGGCUUCCCGCAAAGGGCAAGCCUCCAAGGCCGGCGCCUUCAAGAAACACCAUAGCCUUUGGCAGGGUUGGAGAGGAGUCACACACCCAGCCUCUACUUCUGCCACAGGACAAUCAAUAUUCAGCUGGGAGAUUCAGUCGCUGCCUGAGUAUCAAUAUAAAAAGAUCAACUUGAUCCCUGAUAUGAUAAGAGAAGCUUCUUCAUUACAUGAUAUCAAUCCACAUGUCCAUGAGGAUGUAAAAUCUCAGAAAAAAACUCUAAACAAAAUUAAAACAAUAAACCAUGUAUUUUGGGGGAAUCACCCCCAAAGAAAACGCAGAGGAUUCUCAGAUAAAUGUUGUCUUAAAGGAUGUACAAAAGAAGAGCUUGCCAUUGCCUGCCUUCCAUAUAUUGAUUCCUAA